UAUUAAGACUAUUGUAUUUCUAAUUAAUCAAAACGAGGUACAUCAUUGUCUGUCUUUCUGUCUUCAUCUUCUUACCCCUCCUCUUCCCCAUAGCCCUCUCUCUCUCUCUCUCUCUCUCUCUCCUAUUUUGAGCCUCAUUUCCUCUGCUCCAUCUUCAUCUCCCCUCCUCCUCCUCCUCCUCCUCCUCUGUAUUUCUCUCCAACCCAAUCCAACUGUUGGUACCUCCCUAAAUCCAUUUUUUCUUUCUUCAUUUCGGUUCUGCUUUUGGCCCUAGCUAGCUGCUGCAUUUUUCUAAUUAUACCUAUGUAGUCUCCUUUAUCAAUUUAGAGCUAAGGAAAGAUGACUGAGGAUGGGGUUUGUUGCUCAUGAGAAGAAGAGAAAGACGAAGAAGAAAAAGGAGGAGAGGAAGAGGAGCUUCUCUACGUCCUGUCAUUGCUUCCAUUACAUGAUUACCACUGGCACAUUGUUAAGGCAAUAUUGCAUUGCUCUAGAAGAAAUAUCUAUAAAUAAAAUGGGAACCAAGAAGAUGAAAGGUAUCUACAAGGGAUUCAACAAGUAUAUUUAUCAAAUGUUUGUUGUCAAGGAACAUGAGAUGCAAAUAGGAAAUCCAACAGAUGUUAAACAUGUUGCCCAUAUUGGAUGGGAUGGCCAAUCUUCUAAUGCACCUAGCUGGAUGAAUGAAUUCAAGACUACAUCAGAUUUCUCAUCGACAUCCCUGAACAAUAUGUGUGAUUCAACAUGGUCUUCUCAAGAAUUUGAAAAAUCCUUAAGACGUGAACAAGAUUUAGAUCCUCAAAACUUGAAAAAUUCAUCAUUAGCAUCAACUACAGAAGAACCUCAAAGUGUUCCUAAGAAACAAAAGCGGAAAAAGACCAAGUCCUCGUUAUCUGACAAGAACUUAUCAUCUUCUUCCUCAUCAAGAUCAGCUUCAACAUUACAGUCAAAGACAUCAUUCGCUUCUUCUUCGAGGGAACAAGAGAGGAGACGAGGUAUAGCAACAAGGGCUAACAAACUAGGUUAUUGUAAUUAGUUAAAUACAUAUAUCGAAUCUUUUGAUUAUGUAUCAGACAGUAUGAAGUGGGCAUUGAAUAUUUCGGUAUGCCAAACAUAUAUGAUAGCUAGAAAUAUGUCCAAAUUUUGCGAAGUGAAUUACUGUUGUUCAAUAUCCUGUUUUGUAUAUGGGAGUCUCUAUACUUUUGUGGGUUGUUUUUCUGAGGAAGGAAAAUAGAUACUCAACCCAUCAUAUUUGUGGUCUGGUAGGUAUUGUGCGAAAUGGGUUCAUUACUAGUUGAGAUGAAAGCUAAGUUACUUCUACUUUGAUCAGAAUUUAAACUGUCUGCAGGUUUCACCUUUGGCAGGAAUGCAUGAAAAAGUUCUAAAGUAGCAAAUGAGUUCAACAUUAUCAUCAAAUGUUUUGUGGUUUGAGGCUUUUGCAGGCUGUCUCCACUUCAUGUUUUUCAA